AUGGAAAUCAAUACAACUCCUAGCUCCAUUUUCUAUGCCGCAUGGGGUAUCAUUUUCUCCCAUCACACCGGUCUAUCCUCAGUGGUUAUGGCCACUACACUGUCUGGAAGGGUUACCCCAGUGGAUGGGAUCGAGGCAAUGGAGGGUCCCAGUCUCACACUAGUACCGCAGCUUAUUACCAUCGAACAGGGCCGUCCCUUGCAGCAGGUUAUCAAAACAGUGAACCAUUCCCUAUGGGACAUUGUUCGAUAUUCCCAAUAUGGGCUUAAAAGGUCCAUUAACGCUGGUGGCCACCAAGGCUCUGAACUAUUCGACAACAUGGUUAACAUUGCUGUGAAGGAGGCAGAUACCUCCGAGAAUACAAAGCAAAUUUUUCAGCUCUGGGGUCUUGCCCUGUCUGGCAAACGGAAUUCACGACUCGCAAUAUUGAGGAGACAACUUCAGGAAUAG